CCGAGCAGUUUCUACUGUAACACAUGAGAUUCUGUCAAAUCAGGAAGUGUGCGCGGAUUUUGUCAUUGACGCGGCUUUCUACUGUAUCUGUUAUUAAUGUUAACAACAAACGAGAUGAUCUGCAUGUGCUGACUUUAUACAGUAAAAGCCACAAAGCAUGCUAAAUUCACUCUGGAACAGAGGACGUCCAGACACAAACCACACUAAUGCUGAUGAUCAGUCCGAGAAUGGCUUCGGGAAUGCAAGAGAAACAGUACACCCCAUCUCUUCUCAGUUUUUUCGUCUAUAAUCCUUCAUUUGGGUCACGGGAGGGAGAGGAGGAGAAGAAGAUUUUAUUCUACCAUCCCAGUGAGGUCGAGAAGAAUGAGAAGAUCCGUAAUGUCGGUCUUUGUGAGGCCAUUGUACAGUUUACCAGAACCUUCUGUCCAACAAAGCCUGCUAAAUCCCUACACACACAGAAGAACAGGCAGUUCUUCUUUGAAGCAGAGGACAGUUUCUGGAUCGUUAUGGUGGUGCGGAACCCGAUGGUAGAAACACCGAAUAAAGAUGGGAGACCUCCCACGAUAGAAUAUCAGGAAGAGGAAAUACUUGACACAGUUUAUGGUGCAGUAUUACGGGAAUGCUACAGUAUGUACAAGCUCUUCAAUGGCACAUUUGGCAGAGCAAUGGAAGCAGGCGGGGUGGAGCUGCUCAUGCAGAAGCUUGACAAGUUCUUUUACAGGUACCUGCAGACGCUGCACCUGCAGUCCUGUGACCUGCUGGACGUGUUCGGUGGGAUUGCCUUUUUCCCCCUGGACAAGAUGACCUACCUGAAGAUCCAGUCAUUUGUCAACAGAGUGGAGGAGAGCCUCAGCCUGAUCAAAUACACAGCCUUCCUCUACAACGACCAGCUGAUAUGGAGUGGUCUGGAGCAGGAUGACAUGCGGAUCCUGUAUAAGUACCUGACAACGUCACUGUUCCCCAGACACUCUGAACCAGAGCUGGCUGGUAGGGACUCUCCCUUAAGGCCAGAGGUGGCAGGGAAUCUGCUUCACUAUGGGAGGUUUUUGACAGGACCUGCUAAUCUCAAAGACCCAGAGGCCAAAUUCCGGUUCCCUAGAAUAUUUGUCAACACAGAGGACAGUUAUGAGGAGCUGCAUCUGAUAGUUUAUAAGGCGAUGAGUGCAGCGGUUUGUUUUAUGAUCAGCGCAUCUGUGGAGCUGACGAGGGAGUUCUGUGAGCAGCUGGAUGGUCUGGUGGGACCUCAGCUCACCCUGCUGGCCUCCGACAUAUGUGAACAAUAUAAUGUCAACCGCAGGAUAUCAGGGCCGGACAAGGAGCCCCAGUUCAAGUUCAUCUACUUCAACCACAUGAACCUGGCAGAGAAGAGCACCAUCCACAUGAGGAAGACAGCCAGUGUCUCUCUGACUUCGGUCCACCCAGACCUCAUGAAGAUUCUGGGAGACAUCAACUGUGACUUCGCCAGGGUCGAUGAAGAUGAAGAGAUCAUUGUGAAGGCUAUGACAGACUACUGGGUGGUCGGCAAGAAGUCGGACCAGAGAGAACUCUACGUUAUCUUGAACCAGAAGAAUGCCAAUUUGAUUGAAGUUAAUGAGGAAGUGAAGAGGCUCUGUGCGACACAGUUCAACAACAUUUUCUUCUUGGACUGAAAGAAAAAAA